AUGUCCGCUUUAUUAUUCUUAGCGUUGAUCACACCAACAUUCGGCUGUAUUCCGACAAAGCCACCAAAUCCCGUUUGUUGUCCAGUACUCUCGGAGAAUCUUUUCCCCCGUGUUGUGCCCGUUGGAGCGUAUGAGGGUCUCGAUCAAUGCUCGAUCCUCCGCUACUACAACAACGAGCCGUGUCCAACGAAUGGCGAUAUCGUUUGUCAUGUUGCUCCAAUGACUGACGCUACGACGGCUUAUCUACAGUUGCUAAAAGGAACAACAGUAAUUUUCGCUGGUCGAGACGCGGAAAGUAUCGACAUUUUUGUCACAUGUGUCAACGGAUUUUGGGAGUACAACGGACAACGCUUUGACUCAGUCUCUUGUUCGCAGAGU